AUUUAGCAGAUCCUACAACAUUUCCUAUUCCUGGAUUUAAGACUGUAUAGAAGCAUGGCCUAGUUAUGGAAUAAAUGCAAAGUGUAAUGAUAAUAAUGUCGAAGCUAAACGUUCUCAUCGGAUUUGUGCUUCUCUGGGUUGGAUUGAUUUCUAUUUCAGGUGUAAAGGGCAAUUGUGCUACCGACUGCACUGCAUCAGAAUGCUGUUACGAUGCCAUACCAGUUCCAUUAGGAGACGUAGGUGGCAUAGAGCCUGUACAAGUCUGCUAUACCAGUGGAAGUACAGUGAACUACACCUGUACCGGGAAUCUAAGAGGCCCCCCUAACCAGAUUUGCAACAAUGGAGCAUGGUCUUAUCCAUUCGCUCCAACGUGUGAAGGUGUGACUUCAUGCCCGCAGCCUACGGUACCAUCAGACGGCAGUAUAAAUCCGGAUGAAGCUAAAUAUGAUCUAUAUACACGGAUCUAUUACGCCUGCAACGUAGGUUUUUCACUGGUAGGUCCCGACGAAGCCGUCUGCGAAUCGGGUGGGACAUGGAACCCUUCUACGACACCUUCCUGCGAAGCAAGUUGUGACAAACCAACUUUAGCAAACGGAUACGUUGAUCCUGAUAAAACAUCUUAUAUGAAUGGAGAGGUACUCAACUAUGAGUGCAAUACAAAUUAUACACUGGUCGGAGUUUCUACAACAGCUUGCCGCAAUGGGGUCUACGAUCCUUCAACGUUACCAACCUGCUUCAGUAUGUGUAGUCCACGUGUGGUUGAAAACUCGGACUACAAUGUGCAACAACCACCGGUCGACCACGCCUCCACGAUUACGAUAGAAUGUGACCAUGGAUACUCAACCGGAACCGGUACCGACCAAGACUUGACAUGUAAUGACGGCAAUUUUAACGACGAUCCGCCAGUAUGUUAUGAGAACUGUCCACCACUGAGUGCAACAUUUGACAACGGUGUUCGUUCUGGAGACACUACACCUUUCUACCACGAGGAACAGGUGUCAUACCGUUGUAACACUGGCUACAGCUUGGUUGGUUCCCCCGUCAUUACAUGUAACGAUGGCGAAUGGACUGAUGACGAACCUGUCUGCAAAGAAAAUUGUGUUGUGGACGAGGUGCCUUAUUCCGAUUAUUCAGCUGGUAGCACGGUUAUACACGGUACUAUUUUUAAUGUAACUUGCGAUAACGGCUAUUCAACGGGUACAUCAAGAGCGACAGAGCUUUCUUGUGAUAAUGGUACCAUAUCUCCAGGACUUCCUACAUGUUACGGUUCAUAUUGA